GAGUCGGUGCGCGUGGUGCAGCCCCUGCUGCUGGGCAAGCUGCUCAACUACUUUGAGGGGACGCUGGAGGGCACCGCGGCGGUGCCCCCGCGCCUCGCGGCGUUCCUCUACGCGGGCGGCAUCUCGCUGUGCGCCCUCUCCUUCGCCGUCACGCACCACCUCUACUUCCUGCACGUGCAGCUCGCCGGCAUGCGCAUCCGCGUCGCGGUCUGCCACAUGGUCUACCGCAAGGCUCUGCGUUUGAGCACUGCGGCCAUGAGUCGCACGACCACGGGGCAGAUAGUCAACCUGCUGUCCAACGACGUCAACCGCUACGACCAGGUGACGGUGUUCCUACACUACCUGUGGUCGGCGCCGCUGCAGACGGCCGUGGUGGUGGUGCUGCUGUGGCAGGAGGUGGGCGUCGCCUGCCUCGCCGGCGUCGCCGUCCUCGCACUCCUCAUGCCCAUGCAGUCAUUCAUCGGCAGCGUCUUCUCACGACUCCGGUCCAAGACGGCACGACACACGGACUCGCGGAUCCGCACGAUGAACGAGGUGGUGUCGGGGAUGAGGAUCAUAAAGAUGUAUGCCUGGGAGAACCCCUUUGCUCUCCUCGUUAACUCCAUCCGCCGGUUGGAGGUCUCCAAGGUGCUGAAGGCGUCCUUUCUGCGCGGCAUGAACAUGGCUUGGUUCUUCAUGGCCGGCAAGCUCAUCCUGUUCUUCACGUUCAUGACGUACACGCUCAUGGGCCACCCCAUCACGGCGGCGCGCGUCUUCGUGGCGGUGUCGCUGUACAACGCCGUGCGCCUCACCGUCACCCUCUUCUUCCCCUCCGCCAUCCAGGCCACGUCCGAGGCCCUCGUCAGCAACAGCCGCAUCCAGACAUUCCUCAUGCUGGAUGAGAUUGUUAAGAACACCAACCAGGAGGAGGAGGAGGAGGGGAAGGAGGAGGAGGGGAAGGAGGAGGAGGGGAAGGAGGAGGAGGAGGGGGAGAACGGGCCGGUGGUUGGAGACCGGACUCCGUUCAUCACCGUGGAGAACAUCUCCUGCAGCUGGGACAAGGACUCGCCGGACCUUCGGGCGCUGGACUCCAUCUCCUUCACUGUGGGGCCCGGGGAGCUGGUCGCCAUCAUCGGUCCCGUGGGGGCAGGAAAGUCGUCCCUGCUGAGCGCCCUGCUGGGCGAGCUGCCGUGCUCGCUGGGCCGCGUGCGGGCGCGGGGCCGCGUGGCCUACGCCUGCCAGCAGCCCUGGGUGUUCCCCGACACGGUGCGGCAGAACAUCUUGUUCGGGGCGGCCUACGAGCGCGCGCGCUACGAGCGGGUCGUGCGCGCCUGCUCCCUGCGCAAGGAUUUUGAGAUGAUGUCCGAGGGAGACUUGACCCUCAUCGGAGACCGUGGGGUCACGCUGAGUGGUGGACAGAAAGCGCGCAUUAACCUCGCCCGGGCGGUUUACCAGGAUGCUGAUCUCUACCUCCUGGACGAUCCGCUCAGCGCCGUCGACGCAGAAGUUGGGAGAGCGCUCUUUGAGAAGUGCAUCUGCGGCUUGCUGGAGGACAAGCCCCGUGUGCUCGUCACGCAUCAACUGCAGUUCCUGCAGGAGGCCACUCACAUCAUCGUGCUCAAGGAGGGCCACGUGACAGCGCGUGGCACAUUCUCCGAGCUCCUCCGCUCGGGCGUCGACUUCACGACGCUCCUCCGCCACGACGACCACGAGGAGCCCGACGACAUCGUCCCUGGCGACCAUCGCCACGGCAACAGCAAGCGCACCCUCUCCUCGGCGACCAGCGACUCCAGCAUUGUCUCCGACAGCAAGGAGGAGGGGGUACCGGUGGACGUGAUGGAGGAGCACCGCGCCCAAGGCAAUGUGGGCUUCUCGGUGUACAAGCGCUACUUCAGGGCCGGCGCCAGCAUCGCCAUGCUGCUUCUACUGCUGGCGGUCAACGUGGGCGCCACGGUUCUCUACGUGUUGCAGGACUGGUGGCUCUCCUACUGGGCGACGCAGCAGGAGGUGGUGAUGAAGUGGAACGCGACGGGGACCCUGAACGAGACUGCGGGGCCUCAGCCGGACCCCCUUGACCUCUCCUACUACAUCGGGAUAUAUGCGGGUGUGACGCUGGGCGUGGUGCUGCUGGGGAUGGCCCGCUGCCUGCUGUUCCUCAAGGUGCUGGUGACGGCGUCGCGAGUGCUGCACAACCGAAUGUUCUCCUCAGUGCUGCGUGCCCCCGUUUACUUUUACGACGUCAACCCCAUCGGCCGGGUGCUCAACCGCUUCUCCAAGGACAUUGGCCAGAUGGACGACCUCCUCCCCAUCACCUUCCUCGACUUUGCGCAGACGUCCCUGCAGAUCGUGGGUGCGAUGAGCGUGGCGGUGGGCGUUGUGCCCUGGGUCAUGAUCCCCGUCGUCCCCCUGCUCGUCGUUUUCUUCCUGCUGCGCCGCUACUACCUCCUCACCGCACGCAACAUCAAGAGGCUCGAGGCCACCGCGAGGAGCCCCGUGUUCUCCCACCUGUCGUCGUCGCUGCAGGGUCUCCCCGUGGUGCGCGCGUUCCACGUGCAGAGGCACUUCCAGAGCACCUUCGACUCCCUGCAGGACGUGCACACCGAGGCGUGGUUCCUCUUCCUCACCACCUCCCGCUGGCUCGCCGUGAGGCUCGACCUCCUCUGUGCCGUCUUCGUCACCGCCGUCUCCUUCAGCUCCAUCUUCAUCUCCAGCAGUCUGGCCGCGGGGCAGGUGGGCCUGGCGCUGUCCUACGCCAUGAGUCUCACCGGGAUGUUCCAGUGGGGUGUGCGGCAGAGCGCCGAGGUGGAGAGCUACAUGACGUCGGUGGAGCGGGUGCUGGAGUACUCUGAGCUGGAGCCGGAGGCCCCCUGGGAGGCGGAGAAGCGGCCCCCCGCCGGGUGGCCAUCACGCGGUGCCCUCUGCCUGCAGGACGUCUCCCUGCGCUAUCCGGGCUCCACGCGGCCCGUGCUGUACAACCUCAACGCCACCAUCCACCCCGGAGAGAAGAUCGGCAUUGUGGGCCGCACGGGCGCCGGCAAGAGCUCGCUGCUCGCCGCACUCUUCCGCCUGGCGGAGCCGAGCGGCCGCAUCGUCAUCGACGGCAUCGCCACCUCCUCGCUCGGCCUCCACGACCUGCGCCGACGCAUCUCCAUCAUCCCCCAGGAUCCCGUUCUGUUCACCGGCUCCAUGAGGAAGAAUCUGGAUCCGUUUGGGGAGCACACGGACCAGGACCUGUGGGCAGCGCUCGAGGAGGUGCAGCUGCGCUCUGUGGUGGAGGAGUUCCCGGCGCGUCUGGACGCCGAGCUGGCCGAGUCGGGCGCCAACCUCAGCGUGGGGCAGCGCCAGCUGGUGUGCCUGGCACGCGCCCUGCUGCGCCACAACAACAUCCUGGUCAUCGACGAGGCCACCGCCAACGUCGACCCGCGCACGGACGAGCUGAUCCAGAAGACGAUCCGCGAGAAGUUCCGCUGGUGCACCGUGCUCACCAUCGCUCACCGGCUCCAUACCAUCGUGGACAGCGACCGCAUCAUGGUGAUGGAGGAGGGUCACAUCCGGGAGCUGGACUCCCCCCACGCACUGUUGCAGGACCCCGACAGCCUCUUCCUGCGCCUCGUGCAGCAGACCGGGCGCGCAGAGGCAAUCGCCCUCACCGAGAUCGCUCGCCAGGAGCAGUCCAAGCGCGAGCUCCCCCCUCGCCCCACCAACCUCGUCAUCAUGGAGACGGCCUUCUGAACCGCCGUCGCCACUGCGAUGGCCACCAAGUCGUUGCGGCAACGGCUGACCAAUUGAUUGCUUUUUUUUUUAAUUUCACCAGGUUGAGGCCCGCUGAGCCGGGUAGCCCUUUCUCAGAAGUGACCUGGCCAUAAAUGACAGCCCAACGGGGAGGGGCUUGUCGCGGGGAAAUUUAUAGCGGCCAGUGUACGUCGAUUCUAAACGUGGGGGGAAAACAUCCGGAGGAAAAUCCAGACGAGCAUGGGCGGAGAGAGAGAGACACGCGGACUCCACAAAUCC